CGCGGCGGCUCCAACCCGAGGUCCAGCAGUCCGCUGCUCAGCCUCGCUCGCGCCGCCGCCGCCGCGAUGAAGCCUCUGUUUGCGCUGGGCCUCCUCGUCCUUCCCUUCCUCGCCCAUGGCAAGGUCUUCGAGAGGUGCGAGUUGGCCCGAACUCUGAAGAGGUUCGGAAUGGAUGGCUACAGGGGAGUAUCUCUGGCGAACUGGGUCUGUUUGGCCAACUGGGAGAGCAGCUUCAACACGAAUGCAAGGAACUACAACCCCGGCGACCAAAGCACCGAUUACGGGAUCUUCCAGAUCAACAGCCGCUAUUGGUGCAACGACGGCAGGACCCCGAGGGCCGUGAACGCCUGCGGCAUCUCGUGUAACGAACUGUUGAAAGAUGAUAUUACUCAAGCAGUCCGAUGUGCCAAGAGAGUGGUGCAGGAUCCCCAGGGCAUCAGGGCGUGGGUUGCGUGGAGAAACAGAUGCCAAGGACGAGACGUGUCCGUCUGGACCCGUGGCUGUGGAGUGUAACGGGCUGGAUUUGACGUUCCUCAGCUCGGUCUGCCGCUUCCUUCACAUUACACGGCUUCUCAAGUGAAAUAUCACAGUGCUGCGUUUUCCCAUUUAGAGCGAGCAAAGCUGCUCGGGGAAGCCAGCGCAAAAUAAGCACGCACGCGAAAAGGCUUAUAAAAUGGCAAUGUUUUACUCUUGCUGUAUUUCCUGGGUGGUGGGUGGCAGCCGGCUGGGGACAGAGAGGGGCCUGAGGGGUCCGGGAAUGCUGCCGGGGACUGUGGGGGGAUUCCCAACUUUCCAGGGGUGGAGUUUUCCGCUUCCCGACCGCCACCUUCCCUUCUCCCGGAAACUUUUGCUUCCCCAGGAUCCCACAAAGCUUGGAUCCUCCUGUCACCUUCACUUCUACCAAGCUUGACCCCGCUUGGGCCCAUCCCCUGGGCUGUGGAACUUAAUUGUCACUAAUUCACCUUCCUGUUCAGGUUCUGGCCAAAGAAAUGGACCACCUUUAAUCUUAAAAGGCCGGUCCACUCGCUGAUAAUUAAGUUCAUUUAGGUGAAAGGAGCGGUUGGCUCAGCCUUGUGUCGUAGAAAACAACUAAAGGUAAAUGCGGAGUCCCCGAGAGUCAGCCUUAUAGCCUCUCUUUUUCCCAACCCGGCUUUAAAAAUCAUUUUCCUUACUUAAGAAUCGCUUCCGGAUACAUUUUUAUCGCUUAGGAAAACUUAUCUAUGCACCUUGCUGUUAAAAGAAAAAAAUCACGUGAGGUCUAGGCGAGUUACUGGGUUUUCUGUGCCUACAUCGAAACGAGAGAAUCCACCAGGGACGGCCAGAGAGACCUAAACAUUCAGAAAUUUUCGUGAUUAUUGAGUGUGGUCAAAUUGCGUGUGAUCAAUAAAAUUCAGUGUGACAAAAUGAAAGGCUUUGUUACUA